CCAUACUUUUCUGGGUAACCGUUGUCUCGAUGUUUACUUUCGGUUUGGUAACACCCUGUACGAUUCACAUAAAUUGCGCAGACGAUCUAUAUUUGUGAUGGGUGAAAAAAAAAAUUAAAACUGUGUAGUUUUAAAUUUAUACCAACAAAAAAAAAACACAGCAGGACAUGACUGGGUCAGUAACCAAAAUUUAAAGAUAGUCUCCAAUGCUUGAUGGAAUCAUUGAUUUAGCCGACACAGCGCUAGCUGUUAGAAAGCAUAAGCCAACAUAAUGCCCAAGUUCCUUGCUUUCAUCUGAUUGGCCCUAUUGAAGACAGCAAUUUCGCGCCAUUUUUUGGUAUAAUCAGAGAAUAUCCAUGGAAUUUAUUCCUGGGCAUCAGGCAUCUACUCUCCAAUGCAAUAGCACAGAGAAGCUUUGAAAGAAAAAAAAAAAAUUGAAAGAAAUUUUUUCAGGACUCUGGACAACCCUUGCCAUUGGCCAAGAAAUCAUAAUCUAAAAAUGGGUUUCUUCAAGUUUAAAUUUUUAACCCUUCUGAAAAAUCAUCUUUUAAAUAGCAUUUUCACCUCCAAAACAUUAAAAACAAGCUUCAAAUUUCAGACCUUGUUGUGGUAUAUUGUAAACAGUGUCCAUGGCAAGCCCAAUGACGCCGUCCCAUGUUGUUAUUGCCUAUGAUGCGACCAGGGACAGGGGUGAGCUGGAGCUUAAGCUCCCUGUCGAUAGUCUUCGAAUGAGGGGUGACAUUUUACAUUCAGGAGAUACCAUCAUUUUCCUGGGCGUCUUGCACAGGGUGGUUCACCCCAUGGGAUAUCAAUCAAAACCAUCCCCAGAAUUUUUUGGAACAAGCAUUCGUGCAGUGGAGGAAGAAGUUACAAAGAAAGUUGACGUGUAUGUUAACAUGCUUCUUCAAAGUGCGGAAAAGUGUGAAGAUCAAGGGGUCAGCGUUGAAGUCAAAGUUACUGCUGGUUUUCCCAUUAAACAGGUUAUUUUGCAAGAGAUUAUGGCCUGUAAUGCAGCUUGGGUUGUGCUUGAUAGGCACCUUAGACGGGAUUUGAGGUUCUUCCUUAAGCAGAUACCUUGCAAGGUUGCAAUAAUUCAAGAUAGCUUGGCUGUGGAUGUUGUGAGACCUCGUACAGCAGAUGAUACUGAUACUAUAGAACACAAAUUGUUUUAUUCAUUAUCCAAGCCUGUUCCGCCAUUCACUUGCCCAGGUAAUGGAAACAAUGAGCACUCAUCCAUCGCUUGCAGAAGCUACUCUGUAUCCGUUGGUGCACUGGAAAGCUCUGAUAUGCUUAAUAACAACUUGAUGCCUUCAUCUACAUUUAAGCUACGAGACUAUAGUCCUUUGUUGGAUCUAGCGUCUUCCUCUAAGCAAGAAAAUUCAGGAGCACAAGUGCAAGAGCCAAGAGAGAGAAUUGUAGAAAGAGGAGAGCAAAAUAGGAAGAAAAAUUCACUUACGCGUUGCCCACUACUUUUCUUGCAUUGCAAGCGAGCAUGAACGAGCACGAAAGAUUAUAGAGGUCCCAGGUGAAGAGUGAUAUCGAGAGACACCUUGGAAUUGAAAAAAAUGAGGAAAUUGAGAUAUCAGUUUUUCGGAAGGCUGCUGCAAGAUAGGGAUUUUUGUAAGAGUAUUUGUACAAGGCACCUCAAACUCAUUACUCCCAAACAUUUUUGUAUGAGGAUUUGUCUGAAAGCUCCCUUGGCUCCAACCUUGCUUAUGAAAGUAGGUGUUUUGAUGCGAACAUCCGUGACAGGGAUGAGAAAAUAUUUAGACAUAUUG